CUGCCCGGUGUGCCCAGACUCUGCCCCGGGGGUGGGGGCGAGCUACUCCCUGGAGGGCAGUGACCCAGUGCUUGACGUCUCAGCAACUAUGUUACAAGUAAUAAUACAAAGAAUUUAAAGCAAUUAAGUUGCUGAAUAAGUUGUGUUUUUCCUGCACAGCCGGCUUUCGGGGUGUGGGGAAGAGCCUGUUAUUUAACUCCGGUGUCACAAAGGCUCGGCGUUGGGCGGCUCUGGGUGCCCGGGCUGCCUUACAAAGGAUGACACAAGUGUCGUAUGCAUGCACUCUGUUCUUAGUGGAAAAUGUUGCCAGCCCUAUGCAGCUGAAUUGGGACCCUGAAUGAAAUGCAUGUCUGGAUUUAUUUUCACGUAAAAAGCAGGAAACUUGCCUCCUUUCUUCCCUGUUUCUUGUUCUUUCCCAUCUUCCAUCUGCACUCCUCCAGUAUCAGAGGAGUUAUAUGCUUUGGAUAUUUUAGAGUGUCAAUAAUAUUCGAGUGGCAAAGAAUUUUUUCCUGACUCUGUGAAUUGAGUGGGCACCCAGCUCUGUUACCCCUAUAAACUCCGCAGCAGAGCAAAGCUCCUCAGCUCCUGUCACUGUCUUACUGAGUAAUGUUGUAAAGCUUCUUGAUGGCUCUGUGGGAGUACAGAGGAAAAGAGAGCGAACGACAAUAAAACUAGUAGUGACAUUAAAUGAUGUUACAUACUCUAAAUCUCUUCCUGCCUGAAUAAGUUUUGAUGUGUAGUUUUCCUGCCUGGCUUUGAUACCACAUUGGUGUGGUCAAAGGAGACAUCCCUCCUGUUGAACCUUGAAGUACAUAUUCAACACUUUUGGUCUGAUAUGCAGAAGAACUGCACACAGGAAGGUGGCUGAUAAAAGAUGUUUUCUUAGAAGUCAGGGAAGCAGGACUACUUCCACUUCCAGCAGCACACAGUGACAAUAAAAAAGCUUGUUUCCUCAGCUGGAGCAACCAGAGAAAAAUGUGCACAUCUUUCCAUCAAAGCCCUCAUUGUGGCAGCUGCCCUUGCUACAUGUCUCCUUUCAGUAUGUGGAAUAGCUGGUCAUUCCAGCCAGGACAAUGUCCUGUAAAGCAUCAUGGAAUGGUUUGGGUUGGAAGGGACCUUAAGGAUCAUCUAGCUCUAACCCCUCACCAUGGGCAGGGACACCUUCCACCAGAUCAGCCACAUCCAACCUGGCCUUGGACACUCCCAGGGAUGGAGGGUCCAUCAUGUAAGUUUGUCUUGGACUUCACUAUCAGCAUUUGAAAAAGAUAAUGAAUUGUGAAUCUCAGUGCCACUGCUGCUCCCACGAAGAUUUGCAGUAAACAGCUGAGUCAUACAGAUGAAGCCUGAAAUUUCUUCUCUCACAGAUGUGAUGGAGUCCCACUGAGUUCCUUUGCAGAGAGCCCUGAGCUACUGGACAGAAAGCAUUUGAAUCUGCUUGGAUCAUGCAGAAGAGAAAGCAUUCCUGGGCAGCCUUUGUGGGAGGAGGCAACAAGAAGGGGGAGAAAAUGGCUGGGGAAAAUGCAAGGAUACUGCCCAAGGCCACACAUGAGGAGAGAAAGAAGCCAGAGGCAAAAAGGAAAGGGAAAUUGAAAACCUUGGCAGGCAAAUUGCUGAAGACUGUGGCUGGUGGGAAAGAAAUGGUGGAGAAGACUGGUCCUGAGGAUGUGGCAGGGAAUUUGCUGAAGAGGCCAAGCAGUAGGAAAGGAGUGGAGAGAGGGACGCCUGCAGAGGAAACCAUCUGCAGAUUUAUUGAGCAAGGAAAAUUUUUGGAAGCUUGUGAUCAAAUUCAUAAUCUGGAGCAUUCUGGAGAUGAUGGUUUGAGAAUGUCUGAAUCACUUUAUGUGCUGCUGGCUGAACGAAUGUGGACUGUAGUGGGAGAAGCACUCAGUGGAAGUGAUAGGAUGCUCCUGGAGCCAUUGCAGUCAGUGGGGGAAUCACUGAAGUGGGAGAAGCAGAAGGAAGCAGAGCGGCUUGGCAACGGCCUAGAGACAGAUCCUGCUUCCACCUGGAGCCCAAACUUCUGGAGAAAAGAUCUGGAGGAAAAGCUAAUUCAGUACAUGACAGCCCAGAUUCCCCCGUUUGCUUCCUCUACCGACACAGAUGAGGCUGCACUAAGCCAGCACCUGAGUCAGCUGGAAACGAGGUUUCUGCCCAGCCUGGAGCACAGCAGUGAUGUCUUCAGGGACGCAGGACUGCUCGGCACCUACGCCCACUGCUGUCACGCCUCUUUGUGCUCUCACCUUGCCACUCUUACUGACAGUAACUGUUUCAGCUUCAGCCAAAGCCUUUUAAUUUAUGGAUGGAGCAUUAAAAUGUACAAAAGAGGCAGCCAGGCAUGUGUGAGACCCGAGCACAGCCCCCAGCACAGCCUUUCCCUUGGUGCACAGUGCCUCGUGUGGAUUCUUUUGAAGACUGAGGAAAAGUUACUUGAAACUGCACGGAAGGAAGUGGGGAGAGCGCUGAAAGGAGCCUUUGAUAUUGGGAAACCCCCUUGUGCAGAUGCUGCCGUCAUUGAGAUACUAACAGAGAAGACAGAGGCUGCCAGGCGAGUCAGCGAGAGCCUGGGUGAGAAGGUGGAAGCUGAGUGCCUGGAGGAGUGCCUGAGGUUCCUGGAGAGCUAUGAAGAUGAAGUAAGAAGCUUUCUCCAGCUUGAUGGCUGCCAGCAGAUCUGCAGCAGCUUACGAAUCCUGGAGAAUUGCUGCCUUCUCAGAACUGUCUGGCAUAAGCUAACAUACAUUUGCAGUGUCAGCACUGACCAGAAUGUUAAGGUAAAUGGAUUUCUACACAGGAUGGAAGAUGACAUUGUGGAGCAUUUUCUGCAGACCAUCACUUCUAAAGUCAGGGGAACACUGAAGGACCACUUCAAAAAGUGUGACAGUGGUUUUGACCACAUCCUUGAGUCCUUAAAGCAAAACUUUUUGACCUUUGGGAAGAAAAACACAGGUGUAUAUGAGGCCCUCGUCAAGGCUGUCAAUGCCAUCGUUAUUACAGAAUACAUGCAGGCCCUCCUGGCCACUCCCAGGAAAGCAUCUGCUAUGCAGAGGAGGAGGAUUGUCAACAAGAUAGAAGAAGAUCAUAGGAUGAUGCAAACCGUCUUUAAAGAGUGCUUAGGUCCUGCAGCUGGUUCUCUCAAGGAUCCCAUAAAAGCAAUUUUAGAACUUGUUCAAACUUCUGAUCCUGAGGGGAUGAAAAUAGCACUUCUGCCCAUUCUAAAAGAAUUUCCUGACCUCAGGAAGGAACAUCUGAGUGCAGUGCUGGACAUCAAAGAUUCGCUCAGCAGAGAAGACAGAGCUGCUCUCUUGAAGGCAUUUCAUGAUAAUUGCAGGGAAUCAGAAACAGAAGCACACUUGCUUUUUGCAGAUAUAGAAGUAAAACCUACAAAAUAUGGACUCUGUGGCUGGCUCUGCUGUUAGCAAAGGCCUGCUGGGAGAAACAUGAGGCCUUGCUCUGCUGUGCCAGCGUCUGCAACCACAGCCCCUUGAAAGCUUCACAUGCUGCUGGAUGCAUGGAGAAGCCUGUCAGCCAUGGAAGACAAAAUUUCUGCAGUUUUUCAGGAAAACCAUGAAGCUCAAAUCGUAAUCUUAUAUGUAAAGUCCGGGAGGAAGAUGAAUGGGAUAUGGUUGAAAGAUAUUUCUUCAAGAUUUCCUAGAGAUUGCCAUUCAGCUGAGUCCUGGUGGUUAUUCCCAGGAUGUGGCAAGUGUGGAGGAGGGUUUUCCCUCACUGAAUUCCUCUGUUUCCACUCCUUUUCCAUGAAAUCUCCAAAGAAACCAGGGGCUGCUGUACCACAUGGUGUCCCAGCAUUGCAACCUCCCGAGGGAUCUGAGACCUCUGUUAAGGAAUAUUGCCUGGCUGAUUGUGCUGGCAAUGCCUGCAGGUCUAGGCACCUCAGUUUACUCCCCAAAUCCUGAUCUGCACCAGGAGGGGGCAAACUGAGCUGCCUCUUCCCUCUCUCGUGAAGGCUGUGACCUGCUUUGGGGGCAGCCUGCCAUGGUGAGGUGUGGGAUGGGGAGCUCUUCCUGUAUGAGUUUUACAGCUGGCUCUGGAGCAUAGUGUUGCAUUCAUUUUUAUACCUCAGUUACUGGAAAUUUCCUCUUGGAGAGGGAGUGGAAAACCUCAUGGGAGGCAGGCAGUAAAAGGAGCUGUUUGUCUCAGCCACUGGGCAAGGUCUUUGCUAGUUUUCAGAUGUAAAUAGGCAGUUCUGAAGGAAAAAACACUGAUUUUUCUUCCUGGUUAUCUAUGGACUGGUCACAGGCCCUAAGCAGGAUGUGCUUCAAGGCCCUCCUUUGCUAUUGUGUGAAUAUAGGCCAUUACUGCUCCUCUUUGACACCAUAACCACGCAAAAAAGUCUACCUCAGGUGUGCCAGCGCUUUUCUGAGCAGCCACUCCCCCUCAAGUCUGCUACCCUAACAAGAAGAGGGAAAAUUGGUGCAUAACCUGUCAAUGUGUGUAGCAGCAGACAUGCCAUGCCCUGCUAUCCUGAGAAGUGCAGGCCCAUCUGGUUGCUGCCACAUUCUGCAGUGCUGUGCCAUCACCCCAGGGACACAGGUGCCCCAUCUCAGAGCCCUCAGUGCAGAUGGGCUCCUGUGAGCUGGAAAGGAGCAGGUUUGUAAUUGUCUUUAGCCUUGUUCCUGGUGCAGUGCUGAGUGUGAGGUGAGUGUCAGAGGAGAAGGAAGAAACACCAUCUCCGGGGAGUCGUCUGUGUGCUUUCAGGGCACCAGGAGACCUUGGCACCUUUACACUUUGUCCCUCUUGUCACUGAAGGGCAAUGAGAGCAUCCCAUGGCCUGCCUGCCCUUCCUGACUGCCUGGCUGCUCAAAAGGCCAGUGCUGGUGUCCCUAACAUUUCAUAGCUGUCCAUUGUGGCUUCAGUGAGAGCUUCCCUGGGAUGUGGGAAGGCUGGGGAAUCUGGGGGAGCUGCAACCUGUCUGGGUGGGCAUGGGCUGGGCUGCGGGGCGGAUGAGCACCUGCCUUCUGAAGGUUGUCAGCCCUUCCAGGCACUCUGGGCCAGUCACCCCCCCCUCCUGCUGAAUUGCACAUUUUUUCAAGGAUGGGAAGGAAUGCCAGACCUGGAUGACAGACCCUGUUGUGAUGGCAGGGUCAGCCUCUGCCAACGGGGAUUUCAAGCAACAAGCCUUCCAGAGGAAAGAAAUAAAACUCUCUCUGACAUUUCCAUCACUGUUGGGCUAAAAAUAAUCCUUCAGCAUGUGGACAGCUCUGGCCAUGCACAUGUCGAUGUCGAUGUAUGUCUGUGCUGUUUGACAUCUGCAGCCAGACAAGGCUGUGUUCUGCUUGGAAUCAGCAGCUGGGAGCCCCGAGGGGCACCAGGCUUGCCAUUGCUGUGUGCAGAUCAAUGAGGUUUUGUAGCAGCAAGUUUUUGCACCAUGUGUGAAAAAUGUCCGCUCAUGGAGAGACCAAAUAAAGACUUGAAUUUGUC